AUGAAGCUCCUCACCCCAAUGUUGCGGAAUCGUGAAGAUUGUCAUUAUUUCCUGCUUGCAAACGAGACGUCAUCCACGGAGGCUGAACUCUUUGCCGUGUACGCGGCGCUUGACCACAUUUCCAUCUCGCCACAGGGAAACUGGUCCAUCUUUACAGAUAGUAAGGCAGCGUUGGAGGUCAUCAGCUCACACGGAUCCCAGACGAUCAACGACCUCCACGCAAUGACUAUCUCGUCAUACAACUCCGUUCUCGCCUCCGGUCAUACCGCCUGGCUCCAGUGGGUUCCCAGCCACAUAGGCCUCCCUGGGAAUACCCGUGCCGACGCUGCUGCAAGGCGCGCACAUAGCUGUGACAGCCCCAUCGCAAACCUACCGCUCACGGCAUCAGCUUGCCACCUUAAAAUCCGUCGAUGGUCUGCCUCUGAAACCCGCCACUUCAUUGCAGACGCUAUUCGAUGCAACACAUUUCUUCGAGCCAUCGACCCCGCGAUGCAACUUUACCCCUCCCAACACCUUACCAGGGCCGAAGAAACCCUCCUUCAUCGCCUCCGCCUUAACGUCGCCUACACUCCGUCACUCCUGCACAAGAUGGGCAGACGCGGCAACGCAAACUGCGAUGCCUGCGGCGCCAUCGCUGACGUAGCCCACCUCCUGCUAACGUGCCCGACGUUCUCGGCGCCCCGUGCCGCCCUCGCCCGACGCCUCCAAGCCUUGGGCCACCACCCCCUCUCGCUCGCUACACUCCUCGGGCCUGUCCCGCGCCCUGGGCAACGGGAUGUUACCAAGGCACUCUUCGAGUACCUCAAGGCCACAGAAAUGAUGACCGCCCUCUGA